CUUCAAACAAGCGGACAAGUGAUAACAAUAAGUUCAAGAGAUUCGGACGACGACACAAUUUAGUCAUAAAGAUACAAACCGCAUGUUAUCGUAUAAAACCUGGUAACGUCAGUCAAGAUACUUCUGUGCAAGAGUUCAGAACUUUCGUAUGACAAGUGGGAGAAGAUAACAGAACAAUGAAUUUCAUACUGAUAUAUGUACUGCUAAGCGUCGUCACCAUCUCAUCAGUUAGUUCACAAACAACGAAUGCGACUGAGACGACAACUGAGGCACAAACAACAACACCCCCUCCAACUUUAGAGGAUUUUGCAGGAUGUAGUUCCAUCUUAAAAAAAUUUGGAGAACCAGAGAAUGGUCUGUACACCAUCGUGGAUAAAAGUGGUUCCAUGUAUCGUACUUACUGCGAUAUGGAAAUUGACGGAGGUGGAUGGACACUAGUGGCAUCCGUACACGAGAACAAUAUCGACGGCAAAUGCUCUGUCGGGGAUAAAUGGUCCAGUCAACAAGGAACCGCCGUUCCGUUAAACGAAGGAGAGCAAUUUUGGGCAAACACAGCAAUUUGGGGAUUGGUAGAAUCUGCAACUAGUGAUGACUUCAAAUGUCAAGGAUACUUUAAUCUUCCAGCGAAGGACAUUAUGAUAUGGCACGUACCGAAUGAUACCCCGUAUUACGAUUUCAGUGAUAAAGCAUUCUUGAAGUAUCGUACUAACUCUGGAUUUCUUGAACAUUAUGGUUGGAAUCUGUAUCACCUGUUCAAAGAUUAUUAUCCACUGCGUCAAGGUCAUUCUGACGACAAAGACGGACCUGCUGAAAUGAUAGUAUGGGACAAAGGCAACAACGAAACAAUGUUCAACAACACUGCUCCUAAUAUGAGAGAACAUACAGAACCCGGUUUCAUUCAGUUCCGGGCAAUCGACCGAUCGUAUGCUGCAUUUGCGUUAUGUCCUGGAGUCAUGAUAAAGGAAAGCAACCUUGACCCUGCGUAUGCUUGUGUAGGUAGUGUAGGGUAUGCAGCAACAUCUACAUAUCAAUGCGGAGACUUUGCCGGUUGGGAUGGGAAAGGCAAAAACCCGAAAUGGUCUGCCAGCAAGAAAAUGCGUGAAUCAUCGAUUCUUAUCUUUUAUCGAUAGAACUCCGAACACCCAAGUUACCAAAUUCGCUGAAUUUUUAUGCAUAACAUCUACAUUUUUUCAGUUCUACGUAAUAAUAGUUGUUGCUCUAUCGUCGAAGUAGGGAAAGCUAAUAACCACAGAAAUCCGUCAAAGCUUCUUUCUACUCGAGCCGAAACACCUAUAAACUGACUGUCUAGGUUUUAUUCGCGUAAUUGUCGUAUUGAGACUUUAAUAUUUUUUCUUCUUCGGCCUUUUGUGAAAUGAACAAGACAAAUUGCAGCUUUUAUAUAAAAAAAAUAAAAUUGUUUUGAAUGAAUAUUUUCAAUUUUAAUGUUUCAUAAUUGGGCUAGAAAUGUGGAAACUGUCCAGAAAUUUCACUGUUUUAUAACCCUUCUUAAUUUUACUUCAAUGCGGACAAAAUUAUUCUUCGACUUGCCGAUUAUAAAAUUGCGAUGCAUUACUCUUUGUCUUCGACGAGCAGCGCUGAACUAGACUAGUGAUGAGUUUCGACAGAUGUCGUAAAUUUAAUGACUAGUAAUAAAAUAACACUGAUUAUCGUUCAUUCGUAGCAGUAUGGCUACUUAGUAACUGUUUUCAAUUUCGUAAUUUUCCAUUAUAUGAGUUUGAAUUUUAUUAAAACGUGCAUGUUCGGUGCUUUUCUUGAUGACCAAGUUUAGAUUCAUUUCAAUAAAUCAUGUUAAAAUAAAACUCAAGUUUAUAUCAAGA